AGUCAUCUUACUUUCUCUUUCUCUCUUCCCUUCCUGUUUUUAUGAAGUACAAAAACUAUACAAAGUUCUUAUUUUAGGUUGCAGAAACUUUUAGUUUCCAUUUUAUCAUCACAUAUCUUUGUGUCUACUUGUCCCAUUAAAACCUUUUUUUUUUUCUGUUCUUAUUCUUUUCCCAUUAUUAUUUGUGUGACCUAAAUGCUUUUGCACCUUUUUUGUGGUUUUUAGAAGUGAAGAAAGAGUACAAUCCCCUGAUUUCAUCUUUCCCUAACUAGAGAUAGCUAGACAAGAUUAAGGUGCCUGUUGCGUAAUUAUGGGACGUGGAAAGAUACCGAUCAAGAGGAUUGAGAACCAGACAACUCGACAGGUCACCUUUUCAAAGCGGCGAGCUGGGCUUUUGAAGAAGACCCACGAGCUUUCCGUGCUUUGCGAUGCUCAGAUUGGGCUCAUCAUCUUCUCUAGCACUGGCAAGAUGUGCCAGUACUGCAGUGAGCCUUAUAGAAUGGAGCAAAUCAUAGAAAGAUACCAGAAGGUCAGUGGGACUCGCAUUCCUGAGCAUGAUAACUGGGAACAUUUGUACAAUGAAUUGGCGGUCUUGAGGAAAGAAACCCGUCGUCUUCAACUAAGCUUGCGACAUUACACUGGUGAGGACAUGAGCUCUAUACCAUUUGAAGGGCUUGAUCAACUUGAACAAGAACUUGAACACUCUCUCACCAAGGUCCGAGAGCGAAAGAAUGAGCUCUUGCAGCAACAGCUGGAUAAUCUACGUAGAAAGGAGCGAAUACUGGAGGAAGACAACAGCAACAUGUACCGCUGGAUUCAGGAACACCGAGCAGCAAUAGAAUAUCAACAGGGAGGAUUAGAAGCUAAGGCAGUGGAGCAUCAGCAAGUUCUGGAUCAAUUCCCCUUCUAUGGUGAACCUAGUAGUGUGCUUCAGCUUGCAACCAUUCCUCAACACUUUCACUCCUAUCAGCUCCAGCUUGCUCAGCCUAAUCUUCAAGAUUCAAAUGUCUAGCAUGUAUGGUAUAAUCAUCAAAACAUUUGGCCGUUAUAUUUUUUUACAUCAAGCAUCUACUAGUCUCAAUGCUGGCUUUUUCAUAGUGUUCUGAAGUAAAGUUCGGAGUUUAUUGCAACAAAAUCAGUUGGCUCGUUGAAACCUUAAAGCCAGUGUGUGAACUGUGAACUAGUUCAAAGCGGCAGAAAAACAGGCAUUUGUUCAGUGAAAUGUGAACUACAUUAUUUCCCCAAACAAAAUAAAUGAUUGAAUUCAAUGAGAUUGUAUCUGAAUGGAUCCUUACUUCCUAAGUAGAAGUUGCUAAAGAUAUCUAUUAGUCAUCAGAUACAUGUCUCCUUUCAGUUGUUUGUAACUUGUUUUUAUUAUCAUGACAUCUUAUGACAGUCUUUUGAUUAAAAUUCUGCAGAAUGAGCAAUGAGCAGGUUUUCUGAGAACUGAGAAGAGCUUCCUGGAUGAAAAGAGAAUGGUAUACUCGGACAGAGUCAGCAUUGGGAUCAAGUCUUAUGUUCACAAAUCUAUUAGAAGCAUAUUUCUUAUAUAUUUGGUUUAGGGAGUGCGCUAUGCUUUCAUGUUUCUGAAGUUAGACAGUCAACUUAAGAUUAAUACGCUUUUCUGCGUGUUUCUGAUUUUUUUUCUUUCAUUUACUAUGCUAUUGAGAGAAGUAUGAAACUAUAAAUUACUACUGAAGUUUAAUAAAUAUUUCUAGUAGAAUUUCUGAUCAGAGAAUAGAGAACAGAUUCGAUUAAAUUCUAAACUACUACUGCUGACUCUAGUAGUUGAAGCAGCAAGCAAAAUUUGGAAUAUGAAUUAAAAUGAAAACAACUUUUGUACCUCCUGAUUAUUAGGGAAAGCAAAACAUAUAUGGUGGCUUAGUUUAAUCAUAGUAAUUAUAGUUCUUGGAUGAUUGUAAUAAAAACCAGAAACCAAACCCUAACUUUACCAGAAGACUUAUAGGGGUAAAUGCAAUGGGAAGGAUUGCUCUUUCUAUGUGUAAUACAAUAGCAUCACAAGGAAAAAAAAAAGUCAGAGGCCAUUUCUGAAAUCUACUUUGAAUCAUUCCUUUGGUAAGUUUCAUUGAGUUCAAGAAAGCAUGCAGUCAACUAAAUCACCUCCAGAUAUCUCUUCAAAACUAAAUCCAGCAGACUUCUUCAUUCCCCUUCUCCCUAUGGCCUCUCUCAUUGUUCUUGCUUCAUCCCAUCGCCUGACAGCUGCAUAAACAUUCGACAAGCCAAUGUAUCUACAAUCAUGAUUUGGGUCUAACUCAAUUAGCUAGCUUAGCUUCCUACUAUUUCUGCAAGAUCAGAUUUUCCAUAUAUUAUGAACCCACUUAGCAGAGCACUAGCAAUUAUGCCGUCGGCUCCAUGGGCAUUUCACAGAGAAAUUGUUUGGUUUUUUACUGUUGAAGUAACCUCGGAUAAUUGUGGUCCGAAUAAAGGCGGAGUGGGUAGCCUGGAAAAAAUCCGGUAUGCAUAAUCAAUGUUGCCUGUAUCGGAGAGAGCAGCAGAAGAGAAAAGUUUUGAUAAUAUAGGUUCAUCAUGAUAGAGGCCAAAAGUUAUUAGCAGUGCAUGAAUUGGCUUAAGUUCAGUGAACGAUUUGCAUCUGUCCAAGGACAGUACUAAGAGCUUGGAACAUUCCACAUUUACAGGAACUGGAAAUUAAAAGUUGGGUACUGUUAUUGGACCAGUUUACAAUGAAGCCCAAACAAAAAUAAAAGACCAACCGCAAUCCGAUGGAAAAUAAUCUUUUCUCUUUUGGCCAUUAAUGGAAAAUAAUUACUAAACAAAUUCAAAAUAAAAUUUUAUGUUAAAUGUCUAAUUGAGAAACCACAUAUCCACAAAGCAUAAAUUCCAAGAAAACUAGGAGAAAGAUCAUUGAUUUUCAUAUUGACACAAAAUAUGACAGAAAAGACUCUUUAUCCCCAACCAAAAUGGACCAUAAGAUACUUUUUGCAAGAGAAAAAACAUACAUACAGUAUUAAAGAUUUUCAUUGGUGUUCUUUCUUAUGUGAAAGUAUAAAAACAUUAUACAGAUGAAGUUUCAAUUCCAUUGUUAAAAUUGAUAAUCUUCAAUCGGUGAAGUAAUUUGGUGAGGAAAAUUGUCAUUACUAUAA